AAAUCCAACCAAUAAUAAAAAGGCGCAUGUUUCUCCAGCUCCUUGGUUCCACCACAUUCCGAGGAGAAUCAAUCGUUAGUGUCUCCAAACUCAAGAACUGAGAAAAUCACAAUCUUAAUUCCUUCCAUCAUUCUUCCCAAAAUAGAAGAAUGAGUUGGUUUUGGUCGUAUUUGACGGUUGUUUUGCUAGUAUUUCAUCCGCCCAUAUGCAAAUCUUCACUCACAGCUGAUCUUUUUGAGAAUUGGUGCAAACAACAUGGGAAGACUUAUCCUUCGGAGGAAGAAAAACAGUACAGACUCAGAGUCUUUGAAGACAACUAUGACUAUGUUACAAAACAUAACAGUUUGGCAAAUUCCACAUACACCCUCUCCCUCAACGCCUUUGCCGAUCUCACUCACCAUGAGUUCAAAGCUAAGUAUUUGGGUUUCUCGGCUUCUGCCGAUGGUUUAAUUAGAUUGAAUCGUGGGUCAUCAUCAAUUGGAGCUUCUGGUGCUGUUGGUAAAUAUGAUAUCCCUUCAUCCCUGGAUUGGAGGAAUAAAGGAGCUGUCACCAAUGUCAAAGACCAGGGAAGCUGUGGUGCAUGUUGGGCAUUUUCAGCUACCGGUGCAAUUGAAGGUAUCAAUGAGAUUGUCACUGGAUCUUUAGUAAGCCUGUCAGAACAGGAGUUAAUUGACUGUGAUAGAUCUUAUAACAAUGGCUGCAAUGGUGGACUCAUGGACUAUACCUAUGAAUUUGUUGUAAAAAAUGGUGGAAUUGACACUGAACAGGAUUACCCUUUUAAAGGUCGGGACGGGACAUGCAACAGUAACAAGUUGAAAAGACGUGUUGUGAGUAUAGAUGGUUACAUAGAUGUACCAGCAAAUAAUGAGCAAGAGCUUCUACAAGCUGUAGCAGCACAACCUGUGAGUGUUGGGAUAUGUGGCAGUGAAAGAGGAUUUCAGUUAUACUCUGGGGGGAUAUUUACAGGGCCAUGCUCUACCUCUUUGGACCAUGCUGUUUUGAUUGUUGGUUAUGAUUCUAAAAAUGGCGCGGAUUACUGGAUCGUGAAGAAUUCAUGGGGAACGAGUUGGGGAAUAAAUGGUUAUAUUCACAUAAUUCGAAAUUCUGGCAAUUCAGCAGGUGUAUGUGGGAUUAACAUGAUGGCAUCCUAUCCUACUAAAAGUAGCCUCAAUCCUCCACCAUCCCCUCCUCCAGGUCCCACAAAAUGUAGCCUCUUCUCCUCCUGCCCUGCAGGUGAAACCUGCUGCUGUUCAAUGGAAUUUCUGGGUUUAUGCUUGUCAUGGAAGUGUUGUGAUCUGGAUUCUGCUGUCUGCUGUAAGGACCGUCUUCACUGUUGCCCUCAUGAUUAUCCAAUUUGUGACACCAAAAGGAAUUUGUGUCUGAGGAGAAUGGGGAAUUCCACGUUGGUUAAACAGCUUAAGAAUGGAGGCCGUUCCGGAAAAUUUGGUGAUUGGAGUUCCCUCUUUGCGAACUAGAAGUAGUCUAAUAGUGCCUUCUUGUAGCAUGUAUCAGUACCAGAUAUGAGCUUUUCAUAAAUGUGUACUGGAUUACUUUGAAGUUGCAUAAUGUUCUACAUACUGAAGUAUAGCUGUAUUUACCACUGAAUCUUGAGUAGAAUUGGUGCUCGUCAUUUGUUGCUCCUCAUAUAAGAAGCUCCUGAUUUCGCUCUGGUACUGUAAAAUAGAAUGGAUUUCAUCCGCGAGAUUUGAGUUUAGUUUGUUGGGAGCUUCAUCUGUGUAUAAUCUUGUUGCCUUGAAAUGCAUCUGCUUCUCCUAUUGAUGUCGUA